AUGGAGUAUAUACCAGACGAUACACUAUUAAAAUUUUAUCCUAACACAUUGCAAUAUGUCAGGAAAACAUGUAAUUUGGAUCAACCAGGAUCCAUGGAUGAAGCAAUUGAUACCCUCGAGUCGUGGCUGCAGAAACAGCAACAUUUCACUAAAAAGGAUUACAGUCGCGACUAUUUAGAGAGAGCUAUUGUAAGAGCAGGGGGUUUCGUAGAACAUGCGAAAAAAUACCUUGAUAAUCUUUGUACAACAAGAACAUUAUUACCACGUUUCUUCGCCAAUUAUGACUUUGCAUCACCUCAUCUUGUAGAUAAUAGAAAUAUAUUCUUACCAAACUUGACGAAAGACUACUAUAGAGUAUAUCUUGUACAAAACCAUAUACAAGAGUAUAAUCCUGAAAUGUAUGAUGCUUAUUACAAACGUCUGUCUUAUGUAAGUAUAUCCAUCUAUAUAAUUUGUACUUCAAAUUGA